AUCCCCUUUCUUAUUCAAAACAUUGGUCAUAAAUAACUUGAACAUGUUAUUCAAGAUUCUAUGGAUCGAAAGAGGAAAGGGUAUUGAUAAUUCUUUACAUUUCUUGUACUUACUUUCUGAAAUCUUAAAGAAAGGUAACCCACCUCAGUGGAACUAGAAAUGUGCCCACUAAAACAAAUAGGAUGCAUACACUAAUUGCGGUCUAAAAUUAGCGAAGGGAUGAAGCAAUGUUUUACCAUAUUUCUGUCUGCAAGCAGAACCGGAUACGAAAAUGUGAAGUCUGUAAGGGUAGUUGAUAGGUUAAAGAGCUAGCGGAGCACAGAACAAGGUAUGAGAAAGUUGGUAUAGCAUAUUUGUGUCUGUAAGCAUUGUUGAUCAGGUAAAGUGGUGGAGCGCAGAACCAGAUAUGAGAAAGUGAAAUCGAUGAUAAGCUUUUGGAGCAGAGCACAAAACAAGGUAUGAGAAGGUUGAGUAGUUGAUAUCCAUGCACAUCUUAGCAAAACUCUAUCAAAAUUUGACAUUUUAUUCAUAAUUUAUUUCGAUUUAGUACGAUUCUUGUACAACUUUUCAUAGUAAAUACAAGGAUGAUACCCGAUAUUAUCAAAUUCGCGGGAAUCAUCAAAUCCACAUCACUAAAAAUCUGAAAUCUGAAUUCAUUAUUGAAAUUCUAUGUAAUUUGAUAACCUCCUAAGACAAGAUAAAAUAGGGUCCAACAUAGUCGGGAACCAGUUUGAUCCUAAACUAGAAUGUACUUAUCCCAACAUCCGAACGCACGGUUACAACUGUUAUCCAGUUAGCUCAUGUACAUCAAAAUCUGUGCCACUGGAUAAAAAAAGAAGGUAGUGAGAUGAUAAUAUCAAGAAUGUUAUCAUCUUCAAGUCCUAUCAUCAGAACCAGUUCAACAACAAUGGCAGCAAUUCAACUCUGUUCAUCAUCAGCCUUUGUUGUUCAACAUCAUAACAGCUUGAAAAGAAGCCCCUUCUCUUCAUUUCCUGUUAAACCACUUGUGGCUACAAGAGCUUUCUCUUCUAAAAUCUCAAAUUCAGCUGCCAAAGAUGAAUCUCUACCCUGUAUCGGUUUUCUGGGUCUUGGAAUUAUGGGUUCUCCAAUGGCGCAAAAUCUUUUACAAGCUGGAUGCGACGUAACUGUUUGGAAUAGAACGAAAAGCAAGUGCGACCCUCUUAUAAAUUUGGGAGCAAAAUAUCAAACAACCCCUGAGGAAGUUGCCUCAACUUGUGACAUCACAUUUGCCAUGCUUGCUGAUCCUGAAAGUGCGUAUGAUGUUGCAUGUGGAAAAUAUGGAGCUGUAAAUGGAAUGACCCAAGGAAAAGGGUAUGUCGAUGUUUCUACUGUUGAUGGUGAUACUUCUAAACUGAUUAACGACCAAAUCAGAGCCACUGGAGCAUUAUUUUUAGAGGCUCCAGUUUCAGGCUCGAAAAAGCCUGCUGAGGAUGGUCAGCUGAUAUUUCUAACUGCAGGGGAUAAAGUUCUGUACGACACUGCAGCUCCAUUUUUAGACAUUAUGGGAAAGUCAAGGUUUUACCUUGGAGAUGUUGGAAAUGGUGCAGCUAUGAAACUUGUUGUUAACAUGAUCAUGGGAAGUAUGAUGGCUUCAUUUUCCGAAGGAUUGCUUCUUAGUGAAAAAGUAGGGCUGGAUCCAAAUGUUCUGGUUGAGGUAGUGUCCCAAGGUGCUAUAAGUGCACCAAUGUUUUCGAUGAAAGGUCCUUCAAUGAUUAAAGCUGUCUAUCCAACAGCCUUUCCUUUGAAGCAUCAACAAAAGGACAUGAGACUUGCUUUAGAGCUAGCUGAAUCCGUAUCUCAACCUACUCCAAUUGCAGCUGCUGCUAAUGAACUGUACAAAGUAGCAAAAUCUCAUGGUCUUAGUGAUCAAGAUUUUUCAGCAGUAAUGGAAGCACUGAAAGCAAGGUUGCAAAAAGAGUAAAAUCACUUGAUAUGGUAAUUCGUUCAAAUCGCGUUUCUACAGACAAAAUUUUCCUAGUAAGUGCUAUAUUGUUAUGGAAUUUGUUAUGUCUAUAGAGAUUCCUUGAACGCAUAUAACCGAGCUUUCACACACACACAAAAAAUGAAUAUAUUGCUAUAUGUCAUCAUGUAACUAAAACAUCAAUUUUAAUGAAAUGGAUGUACUUUUGCCUUUUUCCUGUG